AUGCACUCAUCUCCCUGGUGGGAAGUCACCAGUUUCAUUCUGCAGACCGAGAAGUUUGGUCUGAGUCCGGAUGGCCUGCCCAAUGUGGUUUACCUUACUGGCGAUACCGUCCUGACGCCUGAGCUAUCGGAAAUUCGGAAGCGGUUUUACGUUGUGAUUGCUGUGAUGAAUCUUGGAGAAGCGCGGAUUCCUCUGCCAGGAUAUGAAGUACCACUUCAGAUCACGAUGAACGGCCAGGAUGCUGCGAAGCUUAUGCGCGAGCUUGGUGCAGACAUGAUGGUUCCCGUCCACUUUGAGUCAUGGCACCAUUUCAUGCAGGGAGCAGAGGAGCUCCGGGCGAUCUUUGAGGCUGAGGGAAUUGCAGACCAGAUCUGCUGGGCUACCCCCGGCGAGAAGAAGAUCAUUGCCUGA